AUGACAGGCGCCAACAUCAACGAUGGGAGUGCCAACUACUACUACUGGACAGACCGGCUUGUGACGGCCGUUGUUCCGCAGGUGCUAAUGAGUGUGCCGCUCUUCAGAGACUUCAUGUCUGAGACAGCCAUGGGACUGAUGCACUCCGCUUGGGGAUUUUGCCCCGUGGUGCUCAAGCUGUGGCCUGUAUGGCUCUUCCUGCUCAAGCGAGAGGGGUGGAGCCGGCUCAUGAAGAAGCAGCAGACUGAAUUCCUUGCGAAGUGGAAGAAAACAUACUGCAAGGAGAGAGCCGAGCACAACCAUGUAGAAGCCUAUGCAUUGUUUUACCCAAUCACGCACGAUUCGUUCUUUCAGGACAUGUCGUUGGAGUGA